UCUCUUUUGAUUAAUCCAACUGCCCAAUUUAGAGAAUGCCUGGUUUUGUGAAUAGCAAGAAACCAUUCACAGAUUCAGAAAUGUGUUUCUCCACUACAGUCCAGAAAGAUAUGCCAGGUCAUUCAAAUAUGAAUCCUCAGUUAACCUCUCGAGCACCUAAUGAGUUUUACAGCCCUAUCUUACCUGGCCUCCCUGAUGAUGUGGCAAAGUACUGCCUUGCAUUUGUUCUCCCAACUAAUUUUCCGGCAAUGGGUGCUGUGUGCAAGCAAUGGAGGUCAUUUAUCCUAAGCAAGGAAUUCGGUACUUUGAGGAAACAGGCUGGGAGGGUUCAGGAAUGGCUUUAUGUCUUAACUGGAGAUGCAGAUGGAAAGGAGAGCCACUGGGAGGUGUUGAGUUGCUUGGGAAAUGAACAAUAUCUCCUUCCUCCUAUGCCUGGUCCAGUGAAAGCUGGUUUUGGAGUGGUUGUCCUUGAUAGGAAGCUUCUCAUUAUUGCUGGCUAUCUGGCAUCUGAAGGGACCAGAGUUGUCUCUGCAGAUGUUUACCAAUAUGAUUCUUGUUUCAACAGGUGGAGCACAUUGGCGAAGAUGAAUGUGGCACGCUAUGACUUUGCUUAUACUGAAGUUGAUGGCAAGGUGUAUGCAGUAGGGGGCUAUGGAGCUGAUAGUGAGAGCCUCUCAAGUGCUGAGGUGUAUGAUCCAUACAAAAAUGAGUGGACACUAAUAGAGAGUCUUCGUUGUCCAAGGUGGGGUUGUUUUGCCUGUGGGUUGCAGGGGAAGCUCUAUGUAAUGGGUGGUCGGUCAAGCUUUGCUAUUGGCAACUCAAGAGUUGUGGAUGUUUACAACCCUGAGGUCCACACUUGGUUUGAGACGAAGAAUGGGUGUGCUAUGGUCACAGCACAUGCUGUGCUGGGCGAGAGACUCUUCUGCAUGGAGUGGAAGAACCAGCGUAAGCUAGCUAUAUUCAACCCUGCUGACAACUCAUGGGAGAUGGUCCCUGUUCCAUUGACAGGAAGCUCAAGUAUCGAGUUUCGGUUUGGGACACUGGAUGGGAAGCUUCUACUGUUCUCCUUGGAGGAGGAAGCAGAUUAUCAAACAUUGGUGUAUGAUCCGGAAGCAGCACCAGGCUCUGAGUGGCAGACCUCUGCAAUUAAGCCAUCCGGUCUAUGCUUGUUCAGUGUCACAAUCAAGGCAUGAAGAAAUUUGCAUUUACAGAGUCUUACAUAAUAUGACCUUUAAAGUCUAUGAUGUACUUGUGCAAUUUCUGGGAUCUCUUUGGUCUAUUUUCUAUUUG